AUGAAAUCAGACGUGGAGGAGUUGAUGCCCAGGCUUUUACCUGUGGAGUCCUGCGACACGGAAGAUUUUGAUCUUAGUGAACCGCCAAGAAAUCCGCAAGAAUACCUCAGACAGGUUCAAAGAGAAGCAUCUCUUUGCCCUGACGUCGUUGUUGCUCAGAUAGAUCCAAAGAAACUCAGAAAGAAUCAGUCUGUGAAGGUCGCGCUCACAGGUUGCCAGGCUGCACCUCUUGGCUUUUCUCCUAGCUUGAAAUGGCAGCAACAACAAGUUGGAAACUUCUCAGACAUUAGACAGAGUGUAAACAAACACAGACAACUGUGGCAGACCAAAACUUUAGAUGACAACGUCAUCAUGCCAAAAAUCGAUGAUGAAGAAGGAUGGAAACGAUUUUGUCUUGGAGAAAACGUUUGCCUCAACACUGCCCAGACAGACAGUGGGGAGCCAGGUGUUGAUUAUAUCAAGAUGGGUUUCCCACCAUUCCUCAGCAUUGUCAGCAAAUUAAAUCAAGCCACGGUUUCAGCAGUGCUCGAGUACCUAAUAAACUGGUUUGAGGAGAGAGAAUUUGUGCCACAGUUGGGUAGAUGGCUGUAUGCAUUACUAGCAUGCCUUGAGAAACCUCUACUUCCUGAAGCACAUUCUUUGAUUCGACAGCUUGCAAGACGAUGCUCCACAGUACGAGCCAACCUGGAGAGCAAAGAUGAUGAGAGGCUAUCAGCCCUGAACUUGUUGAUUUGCCUGGUUGCAAGGUAUUUUGAACAGAAUGAUUUGGCAGACAAAGACUGAGAAGGUUCGCUGAAUGCGAUUUGGAUUGGAGGCCUUUUGCUGUGGAUGUUACAAUGUUUACAAACCAUGAUAACUUUUGUAUAUAAAAUGGAACAUU